GUGUGGUUUCUAUGAGAGGGGCCGGGGAAUUACCUCAACUGCAGUGAAACUGCUGAAAACUGACAUUAACUGCUGAAAGCUAAGCCUUGAGCUGCUGCAGUUUAAAGACAGAGGCAGGUUAUUCUCUCUAUCUUGUACCUUCAGAUCAAGCCCUUCCCCUGUGCUGCAUGAUGGCUGAACCUUUACUUAAAGAUCAAGAUGAUGAAAAUCUUGAAUCAUCUGGUUUCUUCAUUGAAAGAUCCACCGAUUUAUCAAAACUAUCAGAUAAAAAUAAAGGUGCCAUGUCAACAUUAAAACAGGUUCUAGCUAGUGAAGGAACUCGUUCAGACAUUCACCUCCUAAUGGUGGGCAAAACAGGCCAGGGGAAGUCAACCUUGAUCAACAGCUUGAUAGAAUUAGGAGAAGAGAUUGCGAAAGAAGGAGCCGAAACUGACAUGUGUACAAGAUCAACCCACUCUUAUGUCCACCCGGAGCUGUUACCAGAUGUCAAGGUGAGGAUCGUCGAUUCGCCUGGUCUACAAGAUAUCCAUGUUAACGAGCAGCUCUAUAUUCAAGACAUGAAGGUUCAGUGUCAGGAAGUCAGUUUAGUUCUGUACUGUAUGAAGAUGACCAACCACAGGCUGGCUUAUGAUGAUACAUUGGCUCUACGUAGGCUCCAUCAAGCGUUUGGUCCUACCUUUUGGAAGAGAGUUGUAUUUGUCCUCACUUUUGCUAACAAUGAGAGGUGCGAUCAGAAGGAUAGUCGAGAUGAAGACGGUCCAGAGCCUCCAUUUACUGACCAGGAUGCAUGGGCGGAGUUAAUAAGGAGGAGGUUUAUUCACAGAGUGCGGCUGAGAUCUGCUGACAUCAACGCUUUCUUGAAACGGAAUUGUGAAACAGAUGAAUAUGCUCAUUUCAUACCAGCUGGCCAUUAUAAGCCAAAUUUUUACAACCCCAACCCGUUGAAGUUACCUGAUAGGGACAACUGGCUGCAUAAUUUGGUGAAAUCCGUUCACUCGCAAAUCAAAAAACACAACUUUAGCAGGCUGAACUUGAACGACAAGGUUCAUUUGGCCUUUAUUGUUGAUAAUCAUGGUGAAGUUAAAGUUGAAGAAGAUGGGACUAAAACGAUUAACGAUGAUGCUAAAGAGUUCAUAAAAACCCUUGAAAACCUUGGGUUCUGUACCCUCUACUUCAACGCACUUAGUUCCCAAUCCAUCAGUACUUUACUUGAGAUGCUUCUCCACAUCAAUGCCUCUCAACUGGCCACAUUUGCUUUCGUUCUCCUUUCUAAAGGGAAGACUAGGCACCUUUACGAUUGCAACAAUGAAAUAAUAUACACUGACAAUAUUUUUGAGUACUUCCAUGACGAUCAGUCUCACCUUGCUUUAGUACCAAAGAUAUUUUACUUCCAUUUAGCUCACGUCAAAGAGCCGAGCGAGAAACUUCAGUUUUCGUCAGUUCCUCCUAAAAACUCUAUCAUACUCAUAACAUCAGUUGAUCAGAACAGCAGUAGCGUAGUCCUCAAGACAGUUAGCAGUAAACUGACUCAUGAGGCCAGCAUACAGCAGUGUUGCUCUGAGAUCCACGAAGAAUGCAACAGGAAACAUGACAAGGUUUUCUGUGUGUACAUCGAUAAUUUUACUGACAAAUUUGUCCUACCAGCACGCUAUGUACCUUUCCACUCAAGAGCAGAGAAAGAGUAUUACAAGAAGCAGCUGGAGUUAUACCGCUCAAUGUGGUACCCCAUACGCUGUAAGACCAUCAGCGUCCUCUCAGAUAACAAAGAAGCUGUACUCUCCAUUGUCCGCCAUGAGAGGAUUGCUAGGAUAGCAGCUUCCUCCGCUAGUAUAGUCCUCGGGGGCGGUAUGGUAGUCGCUGGUCUCGCUCUCCUCCCAUUCACUUUUGGUGCGUCGAUUGGUCUAUCGGUUGCCGGGGGUGUGGUUGGAGCUACUGCCUCACUAGGAGGGAUUGGAGCUUUUAUUGCUUCAAAAAUUCUAUCAAAUAAGAGACUCAAGUCGGCCCAGGAGCACAUCAGCCUUGACCAGCAACUGAGCAUCAGUAUCAAUGACGUUGCCGCUAAAUAUAAUGAAGCCAUGAAGAAAUGUGCUGAGUCGGCUCUUGAUGGAGGCGAAUUGGUGGGAAAUGUAGCAGCUGGUGGAGCCCAAAGUCUUGCUAGUCUGGGGCGGGUUGGUAUGGGUAUCGCUAUUGGAAUAGAGUCAGCUGCUGAGGCAGGAGCUAUUGCUUUACGUACCGGAGCUCGUACACUGGGUGUGGUCCUGGCUGGGGCCUCGUUAGCAGUGACAGUUCCCAUUGACCUAGGAUUCAUUGUGUAUCAUAGUUACCACAUACACAAGUCCUCAAAAGACAAGACUGGGAAAGCUGAUAGCAAUAAGGUAGUUCAAUGGCUCAUUAAACAGACUGAGGACAUGCUUAAAGGUAAGCUACAUAUGUUAGUAAUAGGUUUUGGCGGGUUUUGAGCAGCUGCUAUAAAGAAAGACUGUAGACAAACU